CAAAAAUUUGUAACCGCCAAGUUCUAAUAAGGUUCCCCCCCCCCCCCAAGAUUUUUAAAAAUAUUUAAAAAAGCCCACCAAACUUUUAAUUUUAAAACGCACAUUCAAUUCAACUCAUCUAGGUUUCAUUUCAUCGCCUUUCUCGUCGUCGUCUUCUCAGUGAGCGAACAUGGCAGGCAAGGGAGGUAAAGGACUCGUAGCUGCAAAGACGAUGGCUGCUAACAAGGACAAAGACAAAGACAAGGACAAGAAGAAACCCAUGUCUCGCUCUGCUCGUGCCGGUAUUCAGUUUCCAGUGGGUCGUAUUCAUAGGCAACUCAAGACCAGGGUUUCAGCACAUGGGAGAGUUGGUGCCACUGCUGCUGUUUACACGGCUUCAAUUCUGGAGUAUUUGACUGCAGAAGUUCUUGAGUUAGCUGGGAACGCAAGCAAAGAUCUGAAAGUGAAGAGGAUAACUCCAAGGCAUCUGCAGUUGGCAAUCAGAGGUGAUGAGGAGCUUGACACGCUCAUCAAAGGAACCAUUGCUGGAGGAGGUGUGAUCCCUCACAUCCACAAGUCUCUUAUCAACAAAACCACUAACGAGUGAUUUUGUUUCUUAAGCGCUGAGGUUAUAGGAUCUACUAAUUAGUAGCUUAUGGUGUUUGUGUUGGACUGCUUUUCUUUCCUUAGUUCUCUGACUAGUGUGUUGCUCUUUUCUGGACAUCAUCAUGUGUACGUUUAAUUUUAACUCUUAGGCUUCUUGUUUAGCGUAUGCGAUCCAUAUACAAAAAAAACUCAAGUUAAAAGGA